GUUCUUUAUAUUCAAAUCUUUCCGCAUCCUUCAGAACUUCAGGGCUCAACCUCAAUCCAGCUCUCUCACAAACACACACACACAAAAGCAGAUACAUAACACUUUUGAGCCAUUUCUUUCUCUCUGUGAUCUAAUUUGUUUCUAACACGAGAAAUUAGACAACCAAAAAGCAAAGGAAGAAAGAAAGAAGGAAAGAAGUAAGCUAUGCUAAGCAAAAUGGCUUCUUCUCCGCCAGACAAGAGCAAGACCAUAAAGAUAGAGCGCUACAACAGCUACCUCCGCAGAGUUAACAGCACAAAGCUCCUAAUUAACGCCUCCUCCAAGGUCUUGUUCCGCGCCACUCUUCUCAUCGCCCUCGCCCUCAUCUUUUACUUCGUCCUCCACUACCCUCCGCUUUCCGAUGCCCCCGGCUCCCACCAUCUCCACGCUACCCGCCGCAGCUUCCUCUCCUCCGCUCUCCAUGGUCCCGGCGCCGGCGGCCCCACCUGGGAGAAGCAAGUCCGCCAUUCCUCCACCCCCCGCCGCCCCAACGGCAUGUCCGUCCUCGUCACCGGCGCUGCUGGCUUUGUUGGUUCCCACUGCUCCCUCGCUUUGAAGAAACGCGGCGACGGCGUCCUCGGUCUCGACAACUUCAACGGCUACUAUGACCCAUCGCUGAAGCGCGCGAGGCAGGCGCUUUUACUCAAACACCAAGUCUUCAUUGUGGAAGGAGAUUUGAACGAUACCCCAUUGCUCACUAAGUUAUUCGACGUCGUUCCCUUUACGCACAUCCUCCACCUUGCCGCCCAGGCCGGGGUUCGCUACGCCAUGCAGAAUCCACAAUCCUACGUGAACUCCAACAUUGCCGGGUUUGUGAAUCUUUUGGAAGUUGCCAAGGCUGUGAAUCCUCAACCGGCAAUCGUUUGGGCGUCGUCCAGCUCCGUCUACGGCCUCAACACCGAGAACCCAUUCUCCGAAUCGCACCGGACCGACCAGCCCGCCAGUCUCUACGCCGCAACAAAGAAGGCCGGCGAAGAAAUCGCCCACACCUAUAACCAUAUCUACGGGCUCUCCCUCACUGGUUUAAGGUUCUUCACGGUUUACGGACCUUGGGGUAGACCAGACAUGGCCUAUUUCUUCUUCACCAAGGACAUCUUACAGGGUAAGGCCAUUGACGUGUACAAGACACAGGACGGCAAGGAGGUGGCGCGUGACUUCACGUACAUCGACGACGUCGUGAAAGGGUGCGUUGGGGCCUUGGACACGACGGAGAAGAGCACCGGGAGCGGCGGAAAGAAGCGGGGACCUGCACAGCUGAGGAUCUACAAUCUAGGAAACACGUCACCGGUGCCGGUGGGGAAGUUGGUGUCGAUAUUGGAAGGGUUGCUGAACACCAAAGCCAAGAAACACGUGAUCAAGAUGCCGAGGAAUGGGGACGUGCCUUACACGCAUGCCAAUGUGAGCUUGGCUUUCAAGGACUUUGGGUACAAGCCCACCACGGAUUUGUCCACCGGAUUGAGAAAGUUCGUCAAGUGGUACGUGAAUUACUAUGGGAUUCAAUCGAAAGUAAGGAAGGAAACCAGUACCGGCAAUAGUAAUCAUCCCGAAGAAUCCGAUUGACGAUGAUGAAGAUCAUAUUCGAAAUCAUCACUCUGGGUCACGUUUCUUCUUUGAAUUAAAACUUCUGUUCUUUCUUUUCCAUUUACAUAUUUUGGUCAAGUUAUUGUUGUGGUCCUUAAAAGUAUGGGAUCAAGAUGUUGAAGCUGUACAAUAUAGAUAUAAAUUUGUUAUAGAAGAAGAUGAAGCAGCACAGAGAAAGAAGCUGUGGGAGGAAAUGUAGAUCUGUGAACUGGGGUUAGGGGGAGGGUGCUGUGUUGUGCCGUAAUAAUUUGUCGGUGAGAUCUGCUAGAAAUUAAGAUUGCAGAGCUUAGCCGUUGGAUUGAUGUAAAAGAAAGAAGGAGAGAGGGAAAUUUGUGACAGAACAACACCAAUAAUCUUAAUGAUGACAUCAAGAAACAUCCACGCGUUUUUAUUA